ACUGCACAUCGCUGCACGGAACGGGAUGUCUGCGCUGGUCCAAGCUCUGCUCAAACGAGGGGCGACUGUGCUGGCCGUGGACCGAGAGGGCCACACCCCAGCUCUGGCCUGCGCCCCCAACAAGGACGUUGCCGACUGCCUGGCGCUGAUCCUGGCCACGAUGGGCCGCUUCCCGGUGGCGAGUGACCGCUGCCCGCGGGGCCUCAAGCUGCCGCUCAACUGCGGCAUUCUGGCCAAAGCCGUGUCCGGAGAGACGGUCAGCAGCUACGGAGCGGCCCGCGCUGGGAGUGGACGGGCCCGGACACCAGUGACCGCUGGUCUGAGGGGGGGGGGACGGGGGACUGACGGGUGGUGUGACAGAGUGACCGGUGAAUAUUAUAUGAGGUUGUUUUACUAA